CGCGUAGCUCAAUCUUCUCCUGACCGCGAACGGUGUCGCACGCGCGCGGCCGAACAAUUGUUUAUUUGCCAAAACUUUGCUGCCAGCACAGUCCGGUUUCGGGACAAGUCACCGGGUUUUGGUGGCCGCGUGGCAUUGAACGUGAACGCGUUGUUUGUGCGGUGAUUUUUUAUUGACGAGCUAGCACCUAGUUUGAGAUCACCAUGGUCUCACGAACCAUUGCGCUACUGGCCGCAGUAGCACUUAUGGGAGGUUUGGUUGCCGCCCAGGAUACGCUCGACGACUUAUAUCUGUCGCUGUACAAUCUGACCGAGAACAAAAACACGGUGGCGGAACCAUCGACCGCAGCACCUCCAGUGGCUGCCGUUACACAGGCCCCAAUACCUCCACAGCAACGCUAUACCUGUGAAGGCGAAUGCGUGCAGUACUACCUGUGUAGUGACAACAAGAUCAUUACGGACGGUGCCGGCAUUAUCGACAUUCGUGUCGGAGAAGACCCGUCCGAGGCGUCGGAGUGUCCCCACUUCCUGAACACCUGUUGCGAAAAGGAUUCUGUGGUGGUUGAUCCCCCACCAAGCGCAACCAAGGCUCCACCAGUGACCACUGACCCUGGUACGGGAGCAAGCCGACAGACCUGUGGUUUACGCAACGUCGACGGAUUGGGUUUCCGCAUUACCGGCAACAAGAACGGUGAGUCGGAAUACGGUGAGUUCCCGUGGAUGUUAGCUGUGUUGCGUGAGGAACGCGUUGCAGACAACAAUCUCAACGUGUACGAGUGUGGUGGCUCGCUGAUCGCCCCGAACGUCGUGCUAACCGCGGCUCAUUGCGUCUUUAACAAGCAAAAGGAGCAGCUGUUGAUUCGUGCCGGCGAAUGGGAUACCCAAACACGGGAUGAAUUGUACCAACAUCAAGACAGACGUGUGGCUGAAGUCAUCACACACGAAGCCUUCAACAAGGGUUCGUUGGCGAACGAUGUGGCUCUGCUUAUUCUGAACGAACCCUUCCUAGCAGCGGCAAACGUACAACCGAUCUGCCUCCCACCGAAGGGAACCUCGUUCGAUCGAAGCAAGUGUUUCGCCUCCGGCUGGGGCAAGAACGUCUUCGGCAAGGAGGGCAAAUAUCAGGUCAUUCUGAAGAAGGUAGAGCUCCCGGUUGUACCACAGAGCGAGUGUCAACAGUCACUGCGCACCACUCGUCUUGGCAAAAGGUUCGUGCUUCACCAGAGCUUCCUGUGUGCUGGAGGCGUUGCCGGACAGGAUACGUGUCGCGGUGACGGUGGUUCUCCGCUCGUCUGUCCGAUCCCAGGCUCUUCGAAGCACUACUAUCAGGCCGGUAUUGUUGCGUGGGGUAUCGGAUGCGGUGAAAACGGUAUCCCUGGUGUGUACGGUAAUGUGGCCUUCUUCCGCGACUGGAUCGAUAAGCAACUGGUGGACCGUAGUAUCCUAGCUCGGGACUACGUUUACACACCAUAAGCUCACUGGACUAGCCCGACUGUAAUAAAUCAGAGACAAACGUUUGAUUAAUGUGCAGCAAGUACUAAUGUAUUAGGGUUAUAAUAAAAAGUAAUAGUACAUACAAGCUAUUGCAUUAUUUUUUUCUUAUUUAGGUUUUUUAAUUCUGUUUGGAAUAACUAAGAAUGUUUAAAAUGUCUAAUAAACCU